AUGCCAGCCAUGUGCGCCAUGAAUAUGCUUUUCAACUGGCAAAUAAAAGACGUUUGUGUAGUUUUUGAAUGGUGGCAUAUUAAUACCACAACCGACCUGCUGAUAUCUUGUAUCGUAGUAUUUUGUAUCGCUGCUGGAUAUGAGUACCUUCGUGUAUGGUCAAGUUAUUUUGAUGAUCAGUGGUCACAGGCGGAAAAGAAAAAGUUAUCAGAUCAACGAUCGCUAGUGGGAGAUCAAGAGGAAUUUGAGACUACAGAUGGAUCUAAUUUUCUUAGAAAAGAGAAUGUUAUAAGAGGAUCGUGCAAACAAGGGGCAUUAAGAUCCUUAAUAUAUGCAGCCUUAGUUGCCAUCAGUUUUUGGUUGAUGCUUGUAUUUAUGACGUAUAAUGGGUAUUUAAUGAUCGCGACAGUAGCUGGUGCAGGUUUCGGCCACUUUAUAUUUGGGCAAGGCAAACUAAAAGCUAGUCGUGACAUUCAAUGUCACUAA